AUGGAUCAAGAAAGACUUUAUAGAAAUUUCCAAUUAAUAUUAAAAAAUAAACAACUAUUUAAAUAUAUCAUAAAAGUUGGUAGACCUUUACAUUCAACAAAUCUUUUGUAUGAUCAGAUUGUAAAUCGAAAUUGGAUGUUAGAACAUGGCUAUCUAUCUUUACUUUGGUAUAAAAUAAAUAGAGACGAUCAUUCUAGGUUCUUUGAUAUCGACAGUACUGGCACUACGAUUAUCGAACAUGGCGAUAAUCAACUGUUUGACACCUAUUUCGACAGCAUUUCAAGAGAUCGCCUAUUUCCACCAUCAUUGAAGAACUAUUUCCUUGAACAUGCUAUCAAAUACAACAACCACAUUGCGAAAAGAAUUAUCGAUCAUCACCUAGAGUUGGAUGUUGACAAAUUCAUUAAUAGGGCGUUGGCUUUGGUAAACCCAGAGAUUGCACUCUACAUAUUAGAGAAAUUUCGGAAGAGGCCAGUGUACUUUAGAGAGUGCUAUGGAUCCAGUGAGCACGACCAACAUUUACUUAAAGUAGAGUUUCAUAAGCAUUUCAGUUGCAAUAGAUACCUCCAGUUUAUUUCAUUCCUUGAGGAACACGAACUCAUUGCUAAAGCAGAAUCAACUUGUCUGUGUACACUCUUGUUACUUGCUGGAGAUCAAUCUAUCACUAAAAGACAUCUUGAUGCUUACCCAAAGCUGUUGAUAUCCUCUUUUAUUCUACAGGCUUUGAACUACAUUAAAAUGACACUGCUUCAAGAAACAAGUCAAUCGUUGACGGAAUCACUAGAGUCUAUUCAGUUCGCUUUGGGUAUCUUUGACUCUGGAGCAUAUAGCAAGACUCUCUUGAGAAUGGCUGAGGAGAAAGUUAACUCCUUUACAAAGAUCUCGAGAGAUGACCGUAUUAGAAUCAUUCUGUUCGAUCUUUAUUGUGGUCUAGCCGAUGCAUAUACCACCUACAAUGAAAGUUACUUUGUUUUUCGUGACAUAGUAUCAUUGAUCAAAAUAGUUAUUGCGAUCGAUGACAAUGAAGAUCCAGAUCCAGAAGUGAAAUUCCGUUCUGUUUUUCACAUGGAGAGAUAUCGAUUAUUUAACGAGUUCUAUUAUAAUCAACUCAGACCGAUUCAAAAUUCCGAUUUGGAAAUGGUUCAAUUCUUCUUGGAGAAUAUAACAAAUCGUUCGGACCUGAGGGAUAAUUGUCAUUCAAUUCUACUAACCUCAAUCAUUGAAGCAUUGACUCCAAUCAUUGAAUAUAUAUUCAAGAAAUAUUACGAUUUGUUCGCAGAGAUUCAAUUAGAAGUUGUAAUAAAGGAUUCUGGUAGAUUAGAUAUCGGUUACUAUGCUUAUCUACUUGAUAUUUCUCAAAUUGAUAUUGCAACCAAGACAAUUAUUGAACAAAUUUAUCUCAUGUCUCACUCUUUCGAAAUAAUUAAGUGUCUCAUGAAUCCAAAAACAAAUCUAAAGAUCAUCAGAGCACUCUCAACUUUAUUUCCAGGACAAGAAAUUAAAAUGAAUAACGUUAUUUCAACCAUGCUUUUAAUACCUAUGAAAUUAUAG